AUGCGAGCAUGCACAGACCCUGACGAGAAGAAGCACAAUACGACGUGCUGGCGUGCUGUGUACUUGCACGUGCAUAGGCGUCGAUGCAUGACGGUGAUGGUGAUGGUAAUGGUGAUGGCGACGGCAGGACAGGCAGUCACUGGGCAUACUGUGCUGCGAUCCGGCAAACAGCGGAGGCUGCCUCCAGCGACCAGUCGACUGGGUGCAGCAGACGGCCAGACGGUCAGUGCGGGUGCCUGUGGUGCCAGUGGUGCCAGUGGCUGUGCGCCGUGCGGUGGAGCUGGUGACGAUCUUUUCCCUUUUCUCUGGACGACGGCCUUUGGCCGCACGAUGCACCAAUGGCUCACAAGACAGUCUCAGUCUACAGUUUACAGUUUACAACCAACGCGAGGACUUUAUCACGGCCGUUCCGAGGGCAUCGUGUACACUAUGCAUUACGUCGACACCUGCUGCGGAUCAGAGAUACACCAUGAUCCUGAUCUCGAGGCUCCGAAGAACCGCCAAGACAUGACUGAGAUGUUCGAGAUGGCCCGAUGUGAGAAGAUUUCUGUUGGCCAAGGGAUGGAAUCUAGAUCUAUGAGGUCACGAAAACAGAGGAAUGCGUCGAGGAAGGGAAGCACGAGCCUGGCCAUGUAG